AUGGAGGAGCGCCGCGCCGAGGGCCGCACGGCGCAGAGGCUGCUGGCGGCCUUCAUGGCGCUCGACGGCCACAGAGGCUGCCAGCCCACCCUGCUGGGGGCAGCCUUGGCAGAGGCCCUCCGCGGCGGCAGGCGCCAGGAGGCCGCAGAGCUCGCGGAGGCGGAGACGGCCGACGAGACGCUGCUGGAGGCAAGGCGCGGCGACCUGCAGCUGGCGGCCGAAGAAGCGGCUGCCGCGGCGCUGGCUGCCGCCCGCGCCCCUGGGCCUGCGCAGCACCUCCUGGACCAGCUCAGGCGCGAGGCCGCGACCGAGCGGCUGGCGGAGGCUGCGCGGGGCGCCGAGGCCGAAGCCGCGCGCCAGACGGAGGCGGAGAGCACGGCCGCCGCUGCCGCGCCCUGCGAGAGCCUGAGCGAGGCGAGCUCCGAGGCCCAGCGGGCGAGGCUGCAGGCCGACGAGCAACAGGCCGCUGCGGCGGCCGCGCCGAGCAGCCCCGCUGGCGAAGGAGGCGCCGCCGAGGGCGAGGUGGCGCCCACGCGAGGCAGGCCGGAGGCCGAGCGCCUGGCCGACGCGCAGCGCCGCGCCGCGGACGCCCUCGCGCAGCUGGCCGCGACGCACAGCCCGAAGCUGGCCGAGGCGCGGACGGCGAGCGCCGAGGGGCGGACGGCGCGGGCCGAGGGCCGAGGCGCGGACGCCCGCGCGAAGCUGGCAGAGGCAGAGGCCGCGCUCCAGCAGGCGCUGGCCGCACGCCAGGGGGCCGCUGAGGCCGCGAAGGAGGUCAAGCGCCUGGAGACCGAAGCGGAGUACGACGCGGGCGCGGAGAAGCAGGCGCUGGAGGAGACCGGGCUGGGCCAGGUGUUCGUGGCAACGGACGCGCCCGAGGACCUGCGGGAGGAGCUCCGGGCCGAGGUGCGCGGCGCGGUGCACUUCUACGCGGACCCGGGCGCGGGCCCCGCGCUCGACCACCCGGGGAAGCAGGCGGCGGCGGAGAUCUGGAUCGCCGCCCGCGCCGAGUUCUUCAUCGGCACUCAGGAGUCGCGCUUCACAAUGGCCAUCCAGCUGGAGCGGGGCUUCCUUGGCAAGCGGAGCGCCACGUCCGAGCGUGAGUUCUGCAAGGUGAUGCACCACUGGCUACGUUUUUAUCGACGACCUUUUGACGAGCUCAUGACUGGCACGGGCAAGUCCAAGGGCCGUGUAAAGGUGGAGAGGGCCGAAGUUGACAACUUCCACGGCGAGAUGGACGACCUGCAGGCCCCAGCGCCCAUCAAACCUAUUACGAAGGACAACGACACGAGCGACGGCACUAAGACCUACCUACUCAACAACAGCGAGGUCGACGACAUCACCGUCCCCGACAGAGACUACCUCGAUGAGGUCACGGACGUUGCGAACGCUGGCAAAGACGACAUUGUGCACUACAUUGGCGAGCGGAACGGCGCCGAGUACGACACCGUCGACGGCGAGCAGACUGUCUACGUGGGCAGAUACGGGUCCGAGGUCACGGAAAAGGGCAUCGACGGCUCCGAGAGCAUUGAGGGCAGUGCCACCGUGACUCGCGUGGGCAACGAGAGCGAAAGCGACCCCGAGCCAGUUGUAGCCAAGAGGUUCUACGCCAUCCUCGGCGACCUUCCCGAUAGGCGGGCUGCGACUGCAACGGUUGGGACGUCGGCUACGACAGGCAACGCCUGCGAGGAGCAAACAGGCAACGCCUGCGAGGAGGAGCAGGCAGAGAACGCCUGCGAGGUCGCCUCCGCCUUCACCAAAGCGAAGUCGGCCUGCCGUUGCGAGCAGGCCGCCUACUCCUGCGAGGAAUCCGCCUACGCUAGCGUGGAGGCCGCCUGUGCCUACCUACGCAAGAAGCCCGCGCGGCGCUCGCUCCGAGAGUUGAGGCUGGCGGUGCCGCUCGUCCAGCCUCCGGCCCCGAGGCCUCAGCGGGGCCUCGCCGCGGCGGAGCCGCCUGGCUCCCUCAGCGGGGCCUCGGCCUCGGCCUCCGCUCUCGGGGCCUCGGCCUCGGGCGGCGGGGGCGGCGCGGGCGGCCCCGGCGUGCGUGGUCUCGGCCUGCCUCUGCCGCGCCUCGGCCUCGGCGUCGGCCUCGGCGGCAUCGGCAGGGGGGGCCCCGCGGGGGCACAGAGGGAUAGCAUCCUCGGCCUCACCGUCCUCGGGCAGUCGGGACACCGGUGGCCCGCCCAGGCGGUUUGCCCCGUCUUCUCGGCCUCCAUGAGGUGCGGAGGCUCAGGCCGCGGGCCGCGGGGUGGACGUUCGGACGCGACACACGUUCGCGUCGGGCCAGCGGCGAUGAUCAAGGUCAACCUCGACAACCUGAAGAAGGACCACGACACGACCAGCAACGAGCUCCUCGCCGACGGCAUCAGGCUGCAGAUGCAGCGCGUGCCGCGGCCGCACACGAAGCUGGCGCGCUGCCGCUGCGGCGCCGCCUCCUCCUGCGCCGGCGCCUGCCGCAUGAGCGGGCAGACGUCGGGCCGCGAGCAGGCGCUCUGGGUACCGGAGCCCAUGCCGUCGACCGCAAGCCAGGCCUCCAGCUCCAGCGCCGGGGCCGGCGGCGGCGGCGGCCACUGCGGGAGGACGCGGGCCGACCGCGAGGGCUGCGCCCGCAGCCACGGCGAGCGCUCCACGGUGUCGCCGCGCAGCACCGGCUGCGCAUCCUGGGCCACGGCCAGCCUCGCGGGCAGCACCGCCACCGCGGUCUCACAGGCCAGGACCCUGGUGGACCCAGAGGCGGUGGCCCACCUGGCGCCGACCAGCCACGCGCUCGAGGACUUCGACGGGCCGUCCCGGCCCCUCGGCAGCGGCUCCUUCGGGGCGGUCUGGCGCGUGGAGCACCGGAGGACGGGCGAGGUCUUCGCGAUGAAGGUGAUCCGGAAGGACAGGGUUGAGCUGCACGGCAUGGCCCCCUACCUGCUGCGGGAGGUCAAGACGCAGCUGAAGAUCACGCACCCCCACGUCCUGCGCCUCUUCCAGUACUUCGAGGACGACGCGGACGUCCGCCUGCUCCUCGAGUACGCCGCCGAAGGAGCCGCCCGCCCGGCGCCGCGCGCGGGCCGCCGAGCGGGGUACGGCGCGAUGGCCGCCACCGCGGAGCUGGAGCACUUCUGCGGGUACGGCGGGGCGCACCUGAACACGGUGCGGUACCAUCCCCUGCAGGCGGAGACGCUCAUCUACACGGCCGCGAGCGCGGUCAUCAUCGAGGACGUGAACGACCCCCACAAGCAGGAGUUCCUCCGCGGCCAGCAUGACAACGAGGUGUCCGCCCUGGACGUGUCCGCCAACGGCAAGCUCCUGGCCAGCGGGCAGCUGGGCUCCCCGAGCCGGAAGGGCGCCGUUGCGCCCGUGGCCGUGUGGGACUUCGACGCGCGGCAGGUCCACAUGGUAUUCGAGGGGCUCGCCCACCGCGUGCUGAACCUCAGGCGGGCCACGGGCGGCCCGCCGCCCCACCCGGCGGCGCACGGGGCCCCCCCGGCCGACCGCGAGGUCGGUGAUGUCGAGGAGGUCCCCGUCCACGAGCUCGACCGCGUCGACCAGCUCGGCGCGGGGGAUCUGAGAGAGGGCCCCUCUUCCACGCCCCCCUCUUGGACGCCCCCGAACAUCUGCACCGAGAUACUCGAGAAGAACCCGCGCGACCAGGCGGUGUGGUUCCUCAAGUGCCGGGCGCUUACGCGCAGGCAGUGGCUGGACGACGUGGAGAUCGACGAGGAGGGCAUAGCGGACAUCCUCAUGGACGACAACGCCGUGGCGCAGGCGCCGCGGCCGGGCACGUCCCUGCACCAGCCCCUCGCCAGGGGCCCGGAGGCCGGCGUGCCCUCGCAGGUGGUGCGCCCCGUCAGCGCCGCCCGGCGGCCGGUGACCGGCUUCGCGAGGCCAGGGACCAACAGGCCCACGAGCUCCGCGGCCGGGCGCGACGUGGCCACCGCGAUGCAGGGCAACCGCCCUGGGACAUCCCGGCCGCUCACGUCGAUGGGUCGCCUGGUGCGUCUGGGCACCGCGUCAAUGCAGCACGACGACGGCGGCGAGUUCGUCAGGCUCGAUGCGCUCGACCUGAAAAAGUACGCGCAGCGCCCUGCCAUCGCCAAGGCGCUCUGCGACUACAUGCUGUACUACGCUCACAACCCCCGAAAGGCGCUGGAGCUUGCAUCGGAAGCGACGCAGGCGUCGGACUUCAACGACUGGUGGUGGAAGGCUCGCCUCGGCAAAGCGUACUACCAGCUGGGGCUGUUGCGGGACGCCGAGAAGCAGCUGAAGAGCGCCCUCAGAGACCAGGACAUCGUCACGACGCACCUCGAGUUGUGCAAGAUCUACCUCAAACUGGACCAACCCAACACCGCGCUGGACCAGUACACCCGGGCAUCAGAGAAGUGGACUGGGGACACACAUCUAUUAGUAGGCAUCGCGCGGACUUGGGACAUGUUGAACGCCCUGCUCAGGGGCGUGCAGUUCUACAAGAAGGUGCUGCACUACGAUUCGGUCAACGUGGAGGCGAUAGCAUGCUUGGCGUCGCACCAUUUUUACACCGACCAGCCAGAACUGGCGCUGCGCUUUUACCGACGGCUAUUGCAGAACGGCGUUGCGAACGCGGAGCUGUGGAACAACAUGGGGCUCUGCUGCUUCUAUGCGGGGCAGUACGACUUAACCCUGAGCUGCUUUGAGCGGGCGCUAAUGCUGGCGGACGACGACAACAUGGCCGAAGUCUGGUACAAUAUCGGCCAGGUGGCCAUCGGCGUCGGGGACCUCGGCCUUGCAUACCAGGCGUUCAAGAUUGCCGUGUCCGUGGACCCCAACCAUGCAGAGAGCUACAGCAACCUCGGGGUUCUGGAGCUCAGGAAGAACAACGUCGAGCAGGCGCAGGCGCACUUCCACACCGCGAUGCGCCUCGGGCCCCACCUGUUCGAGCCCGCCUUCAACGGCGGCCUGCUGGCCUUCAAGCUGGGCGACUUCCAGGAGAGCUACGAGCUGGCGCACAAGGCGCUGGAGGCGUACCCGGACCACAUCGACAGCAAGGAGCUGAUCAAGCAGCUGAAGUCCCACUUCUCCUCCCUCUGA